AUGAAACCAGGUCCGUCAGGUACUUAUGCUAAUGGAAACGCAAUUACACGUAAAGGUCAGGUUCUGCCGAAUCGUUUCGAACAUCUUUUCGCGGACUACGAAACAUAUCAAUAUUCACAACUGCGCCGGCCACAACUGCAGUUCUUCGCCUUCAUCUUCUCCCGCUCACCAAGUCUCGCUGAAAGAUAUUACAGGCGUUGUGAGGCCGCCUUCAUGAGCAUCGGUGUUGACCCCUCUCACUUCACGAAGACAACACAGGAUGCAUCCUCCUCUCAAGUAUAG